AUGGCAGCCCUUAUCGAAUCCGUUGCUGAUGGUUUAUUUUCUGUUUGUGCUACAAUGGGAAUCGUGCCAAUCAUCAGGUGUCCCAAGGACAAUGCUGCUGAGCAUGUUGCGAAGGUGAGAAUGUUCGUUACAACUCGUCAAGAAUACUCAUGUGAUGAUCGAUUGGACCAGAAGCUUCGCGACAAUCUGCGAGACGCUCGUAACAAUCUUUUCACAGUUGAAAGUGUUCGUGCUGGACAACUAAAUGCCAGCCGCCCAUUGCUCUUGAUUGCUGACAGGUCAGCUGAUCUCGCAACGAUGUUACAUCACACAUGGACAUAUCAGGCCCUUAUUCAUGAUGUAUUGGAGUUAGAUCAGAAUCGAGUAACAAUAACUGAUAAAUCAAAAAGAAAGGAAUACGACAUGUCAAGUGGAGGAUCGGAUAAAUUAUGGACAAAACAUAAG